UUGACCAGUUUGUAUUCCAGAAAAAGCAUCCCUCUUACAGAUAGCAAGCAGAGAAUCUUGGUUUGUAUGCUUGAUGGCCCAGACGACCCAGGCUACAAAAAGGCGGUCAGUGAAAUGACCGAAAGCAUCCUCCAGGCCGGUGAAGCCGCCAAUUGGACAAGGAGUGAGAGGAGGCACCGACGUGGUGAUUUUCCUGCUUUAGCUCGUGGGAUCUCAUACGGCAAGGGCCAACGCGAGCCCAUGCGCCUGGUUGGUGAGCGCCAGGUGAUGAUGGACAGCCUGCUGAAUCAAGAAUGCUUUCGGCGAGUUGCAGGCUUUCAAAGCAGUGCUUUCGCGACGUGGUACCCAAAGAAUCAUGCGGAGCAUUUGCGUUUGAAUGCUGAACUACACGAAAAGCUACCCCAUCUGAAGCGUAACUUUGAGAACAGCGUGUACUUGGGCAUGACUGUCAACUUUGGGCCUUCAACUUGGACCCACAUACACACUGAUUCGAAAAACGAUGUACGAAUUCCUUGCGCAAUAACCACCGGAGGGAGAUUCAACCACAAGGCAGGAGGACAUCUUAUCCUCUGGGACUUCAAACUAAUUCUAGAGUUCCCACCUGGUGCUACGAUCUUGCUGCCGUCUGCUUUAAUACGCCACUCUAAUCUGCCAGUAGCAGCUGGCGAGACCCGCAUAUCAGUCACACAAUACUCUGCUGGGGGUGUCCGUCGAUGGUUGGAGUACGGCGGAAGGACCGAGGAUGAAUUCCGGCAGCAGGACCCCGAAGGCUUUGCAAGGGCAUGGGCUAAACGUCGAGAGAACUACAAGGAGGGCAUGGACCUUUUUUGUACCUUAGAACAACUCAAGUCGCGUACUGUUUGA